UGUUGGUUGUCUGGGUUUUUUCCUGGUAAUUAGGUUUCUCUUGUAUUUUGUAGAUCUUGUAUCCGGAACCCUGUGGAAAACAUCAUGAAAAUAGUGAAAGGAAUAGGAGAGACUUUCUGCCAACACUAUACUCAAUCAACAGAUGAACAGCCAGGAUCUCACAUGGACUUUGCUGUCAACAGACUAAAGCUGGCAGAAAUUUUAUAUUAUAAAAUAUUAGAGACUGUUAUGGUUCAGGAAACCCGGAGGCUUCAUGGAAUGGACAUGUCGGUUCUUUUAGAACAGGAUAUAUUUCAUCGUUCCCUGAUGGCUUGUUGUUUGGAAAUUGUACUUUUUGCCUACAGCUCACCUCGUACUUUCCCCUGGAUUAUUGAUGUUCUCAAUUUACAACCAUUUUAUUUCUAUAAGGUUAUUGAGGUGGUGAUCCGCUCAGAGGAGGGGCUCUCCAGGGACAUGGUAAAACAUCUGAACAGCAUUGAAGAACAGAUUUUGGAAAGUUUAACAUGGAGUCACAAUUCUGCACUGUGGGAAGCUCUUCAGGCUUCUUCAAACAAAGUUCCUACUUGUGAGGAAGUUAUAAUUCCCAAAACAACUUUGAAAUGGGAAAUGGAGGAAACAUACAAGGACAUCUUCCCCAUGAUGCCAAUGUCUCCUAUAAAUGCAUCCAAGAGUGAAGGAAAGUUCGGCACUGACUGCGGGAGUCUUCCAAAGGG